AUGCAGCUUUUUCUGAAUGUCCUGGCCUGGUGUGUGACCGGAGUUGGCCAGGGUCCAUUCAAGAAGGCACUUGAGCAGCUCGCCGGCAGCUGCAACAAGAGCACGCGAUCCAAUGCCGAAUUAACCUACAAUUAUACCUGUGGUGGCACUUUGAUUAGUAAAAACUUUGUGCUCACUGCAAAUCACUGCAUUCGGGGCGAAAACGGAUAUGUGGUCUCGAAAAGAAAGAUUUUCGUUCGAUUGGGUUUACACAAUUUGGAGAAUCUCAACCCGCAAACCUUCCAGCAGCACAAUGUUUAUCAAAUCCAUGAGUACAACGUUUCAAAUAAUCGCAAAAAUGAUAUUGCGAUUUUGGAGCUGGCGACGCAGGCAACAUUCACCGAUUACGUGCAGCCAGCGUGUUUGAAUUUGGUGGAAGACUUGACUGGCCAGUUUGGAACCGCCGUUGGGUGGGGUGCCGAUGAAACGGACAAAAUAUCUCCGGACUUGAAAAGCCAGCGAAUGCCAGUCGUCAGCACGAUACAAUGCAUCGAAAACAAUGAUGGAGCUUUUAGGCAAAUUUUGGAUAGAAGUAUAUUCUGUGCUGGGUACACGAACGGGACUACCGUUUGUAACGGCGACAGUGGUGGAGGGAUUCACUUUGAAAGAAACGGCGUUUGGUACGUUGGCGGGAUAGUUUCCUUUACCGCUAGACGGGACGCUAGAAAUCGAUGUCAUUUGGAGAGUUACGCUGGAUUCACGGAUGUGCAGUACUUUUUGCCUUGGCUUCGGAGUGUAACUGGGCUGGAUUUUGUGGAAGAAAGUGCAGUUACAGAAGGGAAUGACCAACUGCCUGCGGAUUGCGGCCGAUAUCUGGUCGACCGGAUAUACGGUGGAUCGAAUGCCAAGUUGUACGAAUUCCCGUGGCUAGUUCGAUUGUUACAUACAAACAAUACUACGGGUUUACGCGGCUGCCAUGGAUCGCUGAUCAACAAACGUUACAUUCUAACCAGUGCGGACUGUGCCCUGGAUGUUAACAAUAAACCUGCUCAAAUUGAGUUGGGAGAAUACGACGACAGUCGGGAUCAAGACUGCAACGUGAACGACGCCAGCGAUUGUGCCCCACCAGUGCAAAGAGUUGGCAUUGAGAGUAUCACUGCCCAUCCGCAGUAUGGCAGUUACUUACGGGACGACAUUGCCUUGGUUCGUCUUGAUCGUGAUGUAGUACUGGAUGAUAAUAUUCACCCAAUUUGCCUUCCGCUGACUCAACCAUUAAAACAGCUAAGACAUCAACAGUACAUCGUCGCCGGUUGGGGAAGGCUCAAGUACAAGCAAGACUUUCCUAAUGUCCUGCAAAAGGCAACCGUUCCCGUGUUAGCUCAAUAUGAGUGCCAAGAAAUUUUCCAAAUUCGUUACGACAUUGGCGAAGACGUCAUAUGCACUGGAGGAAGUGGACAUCCCAACACGUGCACAUGGGACAAUGGAGCCCCGCUGGGUUAUCCAUCGCGGUACAACGAUCGCGUUCGAUUUGUACAGUUUGGAAUCACAUCGAUCAAUGGAUGUGAACGAAACCCAUCGAAAAUCACCUUCCUUCCAAACUAUGUGGACUGGAUUCUGGCCAACUUAAGGCCGUGAUAUGACAAAUAAAUUAGAAACAUGAGCAA